UUUCAGAGAAGAAGUAAGGCUGAUUUUCAUCAUGCUUGCUCUAAAUUUCACUGGUAGGGUGGUUGUUGUCACUGGAGCUGGUGGCAGUUUGGGAAAGGCUUAUGCGCUUGAAUUCGCCAGAAGAGGAGCAUCUGUUGUUGUGAACGAUCUCGGAACCACACAAGAUGGAUCAUUUGCGAGACGUCUGUCUGCCAAUGCGGUCAACAUAUUUUUUUUUGGAUAACCUUAUGAUGCUUCAUUAUUGGUUAGAAAACUAAGAAAGUGUCGCUAUUCGAUAUUCAAACUCCUGACUAUUCUUGAUUGGCGUUCACUAUAACAUUCUAUUUGUUUUCGCAGUAGAAGUGUAAUACGUUUUUCAUCAAUACAUUUCACUUUUUUCAAUUUGUUAAUUUAAAUUAAUGUGUAAAUUCCAUGCACUUUUGCAGACUGUAGCGGAAAUAAAGUUUCAUGGAGGUAAAGCAGUUCCAAAUUUUGAUAGUGUUGAGUAUGGACAUAAAAUCAUCGAAACAGCAAUCACACAUUUCGGUCGAGUAGAUGUUAUUGUUAAUAAUGCUGGAAUUGUACUCGACAAAUCCUUUCAAAAUAUGAGUGAUGAUGACUGGGACUUGGUCUAUAGAACACAUGUUAAAGGCAGUUAUUCGGUAACUAAAGCGGCAUGGCCUUUUUUCAAAAAACAAGGAUAUGGACGGAUUAUUUUCACUUCUUCAAAUUCUGCAAUAUAUGGCAAUUUUGGACAGGCAAAUUAUGCAGCAGCAAAGAACGCGUUAAUUGGCCUUUCGCAUACACUGGCAAUUGAAGGAAGUAGAUAUGGUAUUCAGUCCAAUGUAGUGAUACCGACUGCAUCGUCAAGGUUAACAGCGCAGCUGUUUCUUGAAGAAAGUUUGCGAGUUCUGAAAGCAGAGUACGUAGUACCACUUGUUGUAUAUCUUGGACAUGAAUCUUGUCAAGAAACUGGAAAAGUUUUUGAGGCUGGUGCUGGCUGGUUUGGACAAAUUCAAGCCUAUCGGUCGAAAGGAAUAGUCUUACCGGCUGCAAAUGCGGAAGCCAUUGCCGAUAAUUGGAUAGCAAUAACUGAUAUGACCUCUGCAAAACAUUUUGAUAGUAUAAAAGAAGUGAUUGUUGAUUUGCUAAAGUGUGCAGAAGAAAAAACGGAGUCUGAAACAAGAUGGGAAUUAGAAAAUAAGAAAGAUGAAUAUAUGGAAGUGUUGAAGAUUAUAGCGGAGGCUUUAAAUCAAAAAAAAGAUGGUAGUCUGACAUCUUGUUUUAUGUUCAUGUUUAUACUUACGGACGGAGUGGAUGUGUAUAGCGUUACAAUGCCUUUUGGUGAGAAUCAUGUUUCUGGUCAACGAGAAUCAAUCUGUAUUAUUGUGAUGCACUGUGAUAUUUUCGAACAGAUUCUCAAAGGUCAGAUUAUAACAAAAAAGGUUAUCAAACCUGGGACGAUGGUAAUUAUUGGAGAUAUAAGUGAGGAUGAUGUGGUAGAGUCCAUCAAUCAGUUGGCCAGGUCGAUGAAACCGAAACUUUAAGGUUUCGGGCUUUUUGUAUGCAUAUAUGUUGAUUUUUGAGUUGAUUAAUCAACUAUUUUGAAUGAAAUGCAG